AUGGCAACCUCUGGCAUCGGCAACCUCGGAACCCUCAUCAAGAGGCUCGAGGCUGCCACCUCCAGGCUCGAGGACAUCACUGUCGCCCAGUCCCAGUCCUACUCCCAGUCUGGCCAACCCGGUGCCGCUGCCCUUGCUGGCGCGGCCGCAGGAGCCGCACCUCCCCCUCCCCCGCCUCCUCCGCCCCCCGCACCUGUCGAAGAGGUCAAGGAGGACCCGACCUCCGUCAAGGCCUGGGAUGCGUCGGUCGCAGGUGCCCUCGCCGAGUACCAGGAACUCAGUGGAAGGAUCGGUAAUCCCGUCGCCGAGCAGGCCAACAUCGUCGUCAAGACCUUCGCCGAGCAGCGCAACCUCAUCCUCCUCGCCGCAUCUUGCACCAAGCCUGCCGGCGGCCUCCAGUCGCCCGCCUUUGCCAAGCUCCUGCAGCCCCUGCAGGCGGCGCUGAUGGAGGUGAUCGAGGUGCGCGACAAGAAUCGCGGCGAAAAGCGGUACUUUAACCACCUGAGCACCGUCAGCGAGGGCAUCCCCGCCGUCGGCUGGGUCGCCAUCGAGCCCAAGCCUGGCCCGUACGUCGCCGAGAUGAAGGACAGCGCCCAGUUCUACGCCAACCGCGUCAUCAAGGACUACAAGGACACCGACAAGACGCAGGUCGAGUGGUGCCGCUCCUUUAUCAAGCUGCUCGAGGCGCUCCGCACCUACAUCAUGCAGAACCAGACCACGGGCCUGGUGUGGAACCCGCAAGGCUCGGAUCCCGAGACCGCUGGCUCGUCGGCGCAGGCUGCUCCUGCCGCCGGAGGCAUGGACGCCGUCUUUGGGCAGCUCAACCAGGGCGAGAGCGUGACCAAGGGUCUGCGCAAGGUUGACCCAAGCCAGAUGACGCACAAGAACCCCGAGCUGCGGGCUUCCAGCACUGUCGCUGCACCGACCAAGGCCGCGCCGCCACGGCCGGCAGCCAAGCCUGCCAGCCUCAAGGCCAAGAAGCCGCCACGCACCGAGCUCGAGGGCAACCGCUGGAACAUUGAAUACCACGAAGACAACAGCAACAUCAUCCUCGACCAGACCGAGCUCAACCAGACUGUCAACAUCUUCAACUGCAAGAACUGCACCAUCCAGAUCCGCGGCAAGAUCAAUGCGGUCCAGAUGGCCAACUGCCAGAAGACGUCGAUCCUCAUCGACACGCUCGUGUCGUCGCUCGAGAUUACCGGCUCCCCGUCGUUUGCCGCGCAGAUUACGGGCUCGACGCCGACGGUGCUGCUCGACUCGAACGACAGCGGGCAGCUGUACCUGUCCAAGACGUCGCUCGACACCGAGAUUAUCGCGGCCAAGUGCAGCGCGAUCAACGUCAACGUGCCUCUCGAGGGGGGCGAGGAGGGCGAGUUUGAGGAGUAUGCGCUGCCGGAGCAGCUCAAGUUUACGAUUGACAAGAGCGCGGGCAAGAAGGACAAGAUCCGGAGCGAGAUUGUCGUGCACACGGCCUGA